AUGCAUUCCACACUCAAAACCCUUAUCCUCCUCUCCACACCCAUCCACGCUGCCACCACGGCCCGCGUCUGGACACAUUUCUACCCAUCUUGCCCAGGCGAGCCCUUCGCCGACCUGAGCACAUACGAGAACUACGAAGAAACCGUCCGCACAACAAAAGUCCCCGCAGGUACCUGCACACAAGUCGGCGUCCCAUCCUACGAGCACAACCUCGUCAGCGCCAUCUCCAUAGAUGCCGAGCUUCUCUCCAACGAAAAGGGCCACCCCUUCCCACCAGAGAACAGCCCAAACUGCAAUAUCACCAUCCACGAGGUCCCAGAAUGCAUCGACGACCCACUCCUAUCAAAGGAAUUGCACGGUGGCGUCGAAGUCAGCGAGUGCCACGAGCGCAACUUCGUUGCAUACAGCGAUGUCUGGAUCCAACUCGUUUGCGAGGGCGAGCCAAACGACAACGAGAAACAAAUAAAAGAAUUACACCAGCAUCAAACCCAAACCCAAGCCGGGUCUAAUAUUGAUACUGAGUCCGAAUCUGAGUCGCUGGCCGAUCAACAGCAAGAUAUCCCCCGCAUCGAUGAAACGGCUUCUAUUCAGCACACAGCCAAUGUCCAAUCACCAGGCUCGAAUGCCAAUUCGUGGCACCUGGCGCAGACAGAGCACUCUGAGCGUGAGCCCGAGGAAGAAAGCCGUGUGGACAAUGUUGGACACUUGGAGAGUGAGGAGAUUGUGCAUCGCAUUAUGGAGGAGUUGAGGAGCAAGGAGCACGGUAUCAAUUUGGUUUCUGGGAAGACCAAUGCUACUCGUCAAUUGAACGGGACUUUGCCUGCAAAUGCCACUGCACCGGCCAACGGGACUGUUCUCUCCAGGCGGAAGUUGUCUGUCCUGCGGAAUCGGGUUGCGCGUUUGUAUUAUUAG